UUUCAGACCAGCUGGGACGUUUAGAGGCCAUGUUCCAGGAGGAUCACUAUCCUGAUGCAGAGAAGAGGAAAAUUAUUGCUGCGUCAGUUGGGGUCACUCCUCAGAGAAUUAUGGUUUGGUUUCAGAACCGCAGGGCAAAGUGGAGAAAAGGGAAUUCAAUUACAGCAAAGGCUGAACCGGCACUGAGUAGAGCUGAAUACAGUUUGAAUAGUCCAAAUCACAAAAUCGAUUCCCAAUUAACCAUGCUGACAACCACCAGGAAAGGAGUGCCUUCUUUUUCUGGUCACCUUACUGCUUCGCUGCCACAGAUUGUCACUGCAGCUGCUUUUCCCACCAUGUCCACGCAGACCACACCCUCCUAUAGUAAGCUAGUGGACAGCAUUAACAGCCCAGGUCAGGUUAGAAGAAGAGAAACAAGAAAUUUUCCAGAGUAUCAUCACCCACGUCCCAUGCAGAGUCCCCCCCCUCUGAGACGAGCCAGCCUUCCUCUGUUUCCUGCUAUGUUUAACUCUGUAAGCCCCAAUCCUUCUCUCCUCAACACCCCUGCCCAAACCCCACCUCUCUUCCUUGAUGCUCUGGAUGGCGAUGCCUCUUUAGCCCAUUAUGACGCCCACUCUCAACAAAAUGACACCAGCUUGCUCUAUGAAUUUGCGGAGAAGCUGAGCCAGCAGAGUGGCUCCAUGUCGUAUCAGCUUCAAAGCUCCUUUUCUACCAGCCAGCAUCAGCCUCAAACAUCUGUAUCCCACAUGGCCUACCUUACUCCAUCGCCCUACCUUACACCCAACCCUCCAGAUUCCAAUCCUGCCUCCUACCUGACCUUUGGACCAGGGGGAAGCUCAACUGGACUUGUUACAUACUCUACAGGUGGUAACACCUACCUUCAGCCCCAGAGCACCGGACAGAUCCUGCUACAGACAGCUGGUCGCCAUGGUGGGAUGACAUAUCAGACAUAUCCAUGGAGUAAUAUGUACAAUCAGCCAGCCAUCCACCAGCAUAACCUAUGCCCUCCCACAUACUCAGCCUGCUUUGGAUCUGUUCAAGACCGUCAGAUCGCCUCUACCUCCAGCCUGCCUCUACAUUCUGUAUUCCAGGUUGGCGAGCAUAACCCAUCACUUCCUACCUCACAGCAGGCAGCGGAGGUCCAGCUACAGUCUGCCACCACUACCACCACCACCAACUCUAUCCUCCCACCUGUGUCAACUCUGCCACCCUCCUGUACUGAGGGUCCAUCACUGCUUCCCUCUCAGGUCAGAUCCACGUCUCCUGAAAGCCCUCCAGCACCCUCUUGUGUCAAAUUGGAGUAUGACAGCCCUCGAGAGAUUCACAGCCACUUCCAGUGUGAUUUCUCCCCAAUACAUUUCUGAAUCCCAGGUUUGAGUUUAAUUUGUGUUUGAAGUGUGUGUAAAUAAUUUUUUGUUUCUUUGUAUUACUGAUAGAGACUUCU